GUCUUCACUAAAUACUCCUCUUGGCAUAUUGUGCCCUCCCUCUUUCUAGCUAUUUCCCUCUCUUAACACAAUUAACAAAGAUAUAUCAUAUCAUAUCAUCUCCAAAUGAUGAAAAAUAUUGGGUUGUUUCUUCUUGUGGUGGUGGCUACUUUUGUGGUGGCAGCCACAGCUGGUAGCUUUUACCAAGACUUUGAAAUAACAUGGGGUGGUGAGCGUGCCAAAAUCUAUGAAAAUGGAAAUCUUCUCACCCUCUCCCUAGACAGAGCCUCUGGCUCUGGCUUUCGUUCCAAAAAAGAAUACUUGUUCGGAAAAAUUGACAUGCAGCUCAAGCUCGUGCCUGGUAACUCUGCUGGAACAGUCACUGCCUAUUAUUUAUCUUCUCUGGGGCCUACUCAUGACGAAAUAGACUUCGAGUUUUUGGGUAACUUGAGUGGUGAUCCUUAUACUCUCCACACGAACGUAUUCAGCCAAGGGAAAGGGAACAGAGAACAACAGUUCCAUCUAUGGUUCGACCCCACCAAGGACUUCCACACAUACUCCGUCCAAUGGAAUCCUGCAAGCAUCAUAUUCUCUGUGGACGGGACACCAAUAAGGGAGUUCAAGAAUUUGGAGACAAAAGGGGUUCCUUUCCCAAAGAACCAACCCAUGAGAAUAUACUCUAGCCUUUGGAACGCUGAGGAUUGGGCCACAAGGGGUGGGCUUGUGAAAACGGAUUGGAGCAAGGCCCCAUUCACAGCCUCAUACAGAAACUUCAAUGCCCUAACCUCUUCCUCCACUGGCCAAUCACUGGACGCCACGGGGCUGGCCAAGAUCCAUUGGGUGCAAAAGAAUUACAUGAUUUACAACUAUUGCACUGAUAUUAGACGUUUCCCACAAGGCCUCCCUCCAGAAUGUUCCAUUGCUUGAGAAUGUUCAUUAUUCAAUUCAAUGUUGCAUAUUAUUAUAUAUAAAAAAAAAAUGGUCCCCAUAUACGUGACACGUGUAUGCCUAUUACGUUGAUUUACUUUCUUGUAUAAACUAAUGUAACUAAAACUAUGAUUAUUGUUGGUUGGUUUGUGCUUUAAUUUGUUGAGCACUACUCCAUUGUUUGUGAUCACAAAAGAUGAUUAUAGCCUGCAAAAUUAUAUUCAUGCCCGUGUAUAUGUGCUGAAAUUGUAAAGUAUCUUCAUUAAUAAAAUUGUUGGAGUUAAAAAGUUUAUGGAGUUUCA